CCCGCAUCAGCCCCGAGCAACGCCGCUGCCCGGAGCGGGACCCGGCGCGGCUGCCCUGGCCCGGGUCUCACGCGGGAAGCGUCUCUGGCUUCGGGCCGCGGCGAUCUGCGCCGGCGGCAUGUCGGGGCAUCCCGUGCCCAGCGCGCCCCUCUCUAGCACCAGCCUGGGUAUUUACUGCUCCCCGUCAGAGGCGGCCCCGUGCGGGUGGCCGUGCUGCCGGCGGCCUCUCCCGUCUGUACUGCAGCAGGGCGGCCCCCGGGAGCAGCUUUCUAGGAUAAACACCGGGCCGGGCAGCUGCACAUGCCACGUCUUUGUGCCUACGGUUUCUGGGCACCUGCAGCCUCUUCUGUACUGACACUUGAUUCAGCCCAUCGGUCUCCAGGCAAUUUGCCAGCUUGGCUCUCAGGGCAUGUCUGCGCUAGAAAAUUAGGUCGAUUUUACAGAAGUUAAUCUUUAGAAAACGAGUUUAUACAGUUGAUCGUGUAUGUACCCACUAAGCACUGUAGGUCGGCAGAGUGCGUCUUCAAUACUGUGACUAGCAUCGACUCGUAGAGUGAUGCACUGUGGGUAGCUAUCCCACAGUCCCCGCUGCCCAUUGGAAUGCUGGGUUAAGCUCUCAGUGCCUGAUGGGGCAAAAACAUUGUCACGGGUGGUUUUGGGUACAUGUUGUCAGUCUUCCCUCCCUCUCUCCUUGAAAGCAACGGCAAACAAUCGUUCCGCACCUUUUUUCCUGGGUUACCCAUGCAGAUGCCAUAACAAGGCAAGCAUGGAGCCCACUCAGCUCAGCACUGCUGUUGUGAGUGUUGUAAACACCUCCCGCAUUAUUCUGCAGUAUGUGCAGAACUUGGCUAGGAGCUGCCAGCACGAGGAUGAUUGUGAGGAGGACAUGGACGCAGACGUUCCUGAAUGCAUAGGAUGUGGCAGUUGGGAUAUCAUGACGGCAGUGGGGCUGGUUGAUACAGUGGAACGCCGAUUCUGGUCCCGGCAAACAAGCACAGACUGGUGGGACCACAUAUUGUUGCAGGGCAUUGACAGCCAGACAGCAGAAUGGAGACCACGUGCUGCAGCCCAUCUCUAUGGUGCUCCAAGUCAGCCUUGUACACAUUCCUGCUAGGAGGAGCAUUUGUUACCUUGGGUUCAAGUCGUAUUCUCCUGAUGAAGUAUUCCGCCAAUGAAGAUAACAAAUACGAUUACCUUCCUGCAACUGUGAAUGUGUGCUCAGAGCUAGUUAAACUGGUGCUAUGUAUGACAGUGGCACUCUGGAUAACAACAAAAGAGGGACGUUCAUAUAGUGACUUUGGAUGCACCUCAUGGAGGGAGUUUUAUAGCUACAUGAAGUGGUCAGUUCCGGCCUUUCUGUACUUUUUGGAUAACCUGAUUGUUUUCUAUGUAUUGUCCUACCUCCAACCAGCCAUGGCUGUAUUAUUCUCAAAUUUUAUCAUUAUAACAACUGCGCUCCUAUUCAGGAUAGUGCUAAAACGGCAGCUCUCCUGGGUGCAGUGGGCAUCUCUACUGAUUUUGUUCCUGUCCAUCAUAGCCCUGACUGCAGGGACCGGAAGCCAUCAGCACAGCUUGGCCACACACGGGUUUCAUCAUGACAUGUUUUUCAGCUCAUCUAAUCGCUGCCUUCAGUACACCAGGCCGGAGGAAGAGUGCUGGGGAGGAGACAACUGUACGGAAACAGGGUUCUUUCCCAGCUUCAAGUGGAAUGUCACUGCUACCACUGCAGGAGCAUUGAAACCUCUCCGCCUCGGCUUGGGCCAUCUGCUGAUAAUAGUGCAGUGUUUCAUCUCUGCUUUGGCCAACAUCUAUAAUGAAAAGAUCCUGAAGGAAGGGGACCAGCUCAAUGAAAGUAUAUUUGUGCAGAACAGCAAGCUAUACGUCUUCGGGGUGCUGUUCAAUGGGCUGAUGCUGGGCCUGCGCUCUGAGAACCGUUGGCAGAUAGAGUACUGUGGCUUCUUUUAUGGCCACAAUGUGUUCUCUGUAGCUCUCAUUUUUGUCACUGCCUUCCUGGGGCUGUCCGUGGCCUUCAUUCUGAAGUUCCGAGACAACAUGUUCCACGUCCUGACUGCACAGAUCACCACUGUGAUCAUCACCAUUGUGUCCAUUGUCAUCUUUGACUUCAAGCCUUCUCUGGACUUCUUCUUGGAAGCACCUGUGGUGCUUCUUUCCAUAUUUAUCUACAAUGCCAGCAAACAUCAAGGCCUGGAAUAUGCCACUCAGCAGGAGAGGAACAAACUCCUUGGUGAGAUCUGGGAGCGAUCCAGCGGGGAUGGAGAGGAACUUGAGAGACUGACCAAAGCAAACAGUGACAUUGAUACAGAUGAAGAUGCCUUCUAGCAUGAGCUUGUGCAACUGAGUGCUGGGUAUUCUCCAAGAGAACAGUGUUGGUAUCUUUUUAAACUAUGGGAUAGUCUUUUUUCUAAGUGCAACAGUUAAAACUGUUUGGAUGGUUUUGUGAUUCCAGAGGAUGUGUAUUGUGUUUUUAAGUUGUGCAAAUAAAACACCGCUCCAAGAUCAGAAUAGGGUGUGUCCAGGUUUGGGGCUGGGAUGUCCGAUGAGAAAAAAUGAGUAAAGCCCAUUGGAUUUCAGAAGUUGACAAGGAAAACUAGAGAAUUAUCAGUUCGAGCCUUGUAUAUUAAGGGUUUUUUUCUCUUCUCACACUAGUGUAAAUCAGCAGUUAAUUCCAGUGCAGUCAAUGAUAAACUGAUAAUAAAAGUUGUAUAUGAGAGAGGUUUGGCCCUAGCUUAAUGAUUUGGGUCACAUGGGUGCUGUAUUAUGUAUAGUAAUCCAGAACACUCAGUGUCCUCAAUUGCACGUGUUUGUAUAUCAUACACUAGUGUUGUAUAGGGGUAAUAAUAUUUCUCACUGGUGAAGGGCCUGAUCCUGUAAACCUCAGAUCCAUGAUCCUGAUUCAGUUGAGAAUAGUCCCAUUGAAUGGGCCCCUAACAUUUGUAAAGUUCUUUAAAGAUAUGAAGUGUUAUAUAAGUGCUAGGUAUUCUUAUUUCCAGGGCUACAUGUUCAUUGGUAUCGUGCACCCCUCUGCAAUUUGAUUAAGGGAUGAUUCCACAGCUGCAGAAUGAGUUUCCUCAUUUCUGCAGUGAUUUGCAGGCACUGCUGCUCCUAUGUGUCCUGUGGAACAUUACACCCAAUUAUAAAUAAAUUAUAAAUAAAUAAAUAUAAAUUCUGUUUGUUUGGUAACGUGAUUAGUGUUGCACAGUGGCAGAGAAGCUUUCCUGAUAUUCAGAAUACAAGCUUUUAAAUAAACAGAGGGUUCAUAUACUUUCCUUUGGGGAAGUAAUUUCAUUCUUACUCUACCUGGAAUUGCAGUUUGCCCAUCACAAGACAUCAGGGAUUUUCAUUCUAGUUCACUAUAAAAGUAGUUACCUUAUGUCCAAAUUCACUGUAAGUGCAUUUCACCAUAUCUGUAAAUACAGUGUUUUAAAUCUAAAAAGAUAAACUUGAUCCCAAAUUUAGGUUUUUGUAAAAACAAGCUUAAAAAAAAACAACCCUAAGAAAUAUUUCUGUAGUAUUAAAAAAAUCAGAUUAAUGGGUUCUGUUUAGACCAACAUUUUUCUGCAUUGUUUGCAGCCCAGAUGCUACAAAACUGCGCUAGUGUGUGGGGUGGUCUAGAUCAGUGGUCUCCAAACUUUUUAGAUCACGCACCCCUAUCAGUAAAAAAAUUUUGACCACACACCCCCUGAAAAAGCCACUCGGACUCCCGCCUGAGCUGACGAAGCAAAAAAAAAAAAAAGGCUCCUCCUGCCGCGCACCCCCAAAGAUCUUCUUGCGGACCCCACUUUGGAGACCACUGGUCUAGAUAAUACAUAGUCAUGUCUCAGUGUAGGGGCUGGACUAGAUGACCUAUCGAGUUCCCUUCCAAUCCAAAGUCUGUUCAGUUUUGAAAAAUGAUCUGUUUUAUUCCAUGCAGCAUGGUCUGGCGGUCUCAGCAACUCCCGAGUCUAAUUUCUUCCACUGCUUCAGUUAGCCACCUUGCCUCAGCCAUUUCAGCUUCCUGAAUGAGUUUCCCCAUUUGUAAUAUAGAUAUAAUACUGUUACCUACCUCACAAGUGUGUUCUGAGGAUUAAUUAUUGAAUGUUUGUGCAGCACUUUGAACAGUAAAAAACUAUACAAACACUUCAAUGUGUUUAGUAAUCUAAGCUAUUACUAAGAAGAUAAGAACACUUGUGUUUUGGUUUUUAAAUAGAAGGCCAGAUUCACUCAUAUGUUUCAGCUGCUUUUUGACACUGGCCAUACAAAGCACCUGUAAACCCAGCUUAAUCAGAGAGCCCCUUUGAAUUUGGCUCAUCCUUUUUUUUUUUUUUUUUUAACCUGACAGUGUCUUCUCAAACAUACCAUUUGGGUUAGGGAUGUAUUCCCUAUUACAGGUGCAGCUCUUGAAUGUGUGGUUUGACCGUGGUCCAGAUUCUGACUUUACCCCAGUUUUAUGCCAGGAUAACUAUUGGCUUGUGUAGAAUUCCUCCUUAUGUAUGCUGGUAUAACUGAGAACAGAAUAAGGCCUGUUGAUUUCAGCAACUCACCCUUAUAUUGCAUUCUGUGUGAGACUCUGCUGCUUUCAUAUGUACUGGUGCCUAUGGUAUAUGACAGCUUUGUAAAUAGGUGUUGUUUUACAUGUAAUUUAUUAUGCCUAAUUGUGACACAAGCCUGAAUAAAUUAAAGUUCAUUAUGAAAUGAU